AUGCCCCCGCCAUUACAGAGCAUCGGGCUACGGCCUCUCCUACGGCCACAGACUCUCCUCCGCACCACCCCGAGACCCCUCGCCGCCGGGCGAAUCGGAGCACUCGCUGCACCGACGUCAUUUGCCACCCGCUCUCUCCAUCUCGGCAACGGCAUCCCUCGGGGUCCCCACCCCCGCAACCGCACCACCAUCACCACAACGACCACCGAGCUCCAUCACCUUCUCUCCCUCCAGCUGCAGACUCGAUCAUUCCACCCGUCACCACGGCGGCAAGAUGUAUUCUUCCUUGCGGUGCCCGCUAUCAAGAGCACACUCCUCAACAUCACGAGGAUAUCACUCCUCUUCCUCCCUUUCGUCUUCAGGUACAAACACAAGGACGUGGUGCACCAUGACGGGCCUCUGAUCUUGCCGCCAGACGACCCGCGCUCCAUCAAGGUCGGUCGCGUCACCGAGCGCAUGAUCACCGCUAUCGAAGAGCAAGAAGGCACCGUCGUACACGGCACGGCGUGGUCGGGGCACGAGGAGCCGGGAUCACCAAGUGCUCCGGGGCAACCCAUCGAUGUCUCCGAGCGAUAUCAACCCAGCGCGACGGCGCAUUCGGCGGCCAUCUGCCACCAACACGAGUCGCGCAACCCGUUCAAGCGACGGAACGUCAAGAACACCGACUGGAACGUCUACGUCAUCGAAUCGGUCAAUGCUUUCUGUCUCCCGAACAAGGAGGUGUUCGUGUACACCGGCCUGCUCGAUCUGCUGCCAGAAGAUGACCACAUCCUUGCCGCUGUCAUCGGGCAUGAGAUCGCGCACGUCAUGCAGCGGCAUGGAGUGGAGAACAUGGGGUUCCUCAAUGUAGCGUCGGUUAUAUUCGACGUGCUGAGAGGAUUCUCUGUGACCGACAUGGCUGGUACCUGCAUCAACUGGAUCAACGAUGUCGUUGCGGAACGUGCCUACUCGCGCAAGCUGGAGGAGGAAGCCGAUGCUGUCGGGCUUGACCUGAUGGCGUGGGCGGGCUACGACCCGCGCUGCAUGCUGGACCUGUGGGAGUUGAUGAGCUGCGUUGAGGCCGAUGCCGCCGCUUCCGGCAGGCCAGUGUCAGUCGGGCACAAGUACAACUUCCUCCGGACGCAUCCCGCCACGGUUGAGAGACAGAAGGUAGCUAGGAAGGCCACAUCGAUAGCUAACAGACAGCGCAUUACAGAGUUGCUCCCCAAGGCCAUGCGAGUGUACGAGAAGACAAGACCCGAAGUCCUCAAGAAGCUGAGGGCGAAGCGUGCGGCUGCAGAGAAGCUAGCAAGGGCCGAGGCGAAGGCGCGCACUGACGCCGAGUCCGAAGCCGCGCACCCAGCCCUAGCGGAGCCCGCUCCGUUGGCGAGGGAAGUCGCCGUCGACACCCGAAGAAUAUGA